GUGCGAAGCCGUUGAGUACUUUUUGCUUCGAAAUACAAAACACAAUAACUUGGAUACCAAAGAGAUUUUGUGGAGAAUUUUCACCUUGCAUUUUUAGUGUAAAUGUCCACCACUUUCUACAGUACAGUGUAUGUUUUAUUAAUCCACAUAUUCGUAAUGAGGUGUGUACGGAGUGUGGGAAGCGGUUCUUCGAGAAGGCAGACCUUCAGAAGCACAGCCGCGUACACAGCAAGGAGAGGCCGUUCAAGUGCGACCUUUGUCCAAUGUCCUUCACUCAGCAAAACAUCCUCAAGUGCCACCGUCGCCGACACACUGGGGAAAAGCCAUACGUCUGCGACAUCUGUGAUCGGGCAUUUACUCAGAUGGGUGCUAUGCAGUGUCAUCGCCGUCUUCACACGGGAGAGCGACCGUACAAGUGUAAAUUCUGUGGUCUGGGUUUCGUCAGCAAGGAGAGGAUGAAGUUUCACACUUACUCCCACACAGGGCAGAAUCCUCACAUCUGUCACAUCUGUGGGAAAGGAUUCCGACUGAAGUUUAAGCUACAGAGUCACCUGGACAACCACGACGGAAUCUACAGACACCAGUGCGACUACUGUAGUAAAGGCUUCUUAGAGAAAGCCAAGCUCAACCGCCACAUCAAACAGAUCCACAUGCAAGAGUCUGCACCUGUCAGGACCAAGAUUGUAUCUCUUGAUGGUCCAAACAUCCAGACGAUUGAGGAGGACGGAGUAAUCACAGUCAUCCACACUCCUGCCUCGAGCGUCAGCGAAAACAACAUCGUACAGUACGUCCCCGUGUCGACUGCCGAUAACCCGUAGGAGGGGAUGACCGAGGAAGUGGUGGAAACACACGUCACUAUUCCGUUUGAAAUUAACAAUGAAAAUCAGCCAAGUGAGACCAACUCGGCGGUGUCCACGAUCCAGUUUGAGGCGGACGGAGAGGCUGCCCAGGCCACAGCAGCUAAUCUGGCAGCAUUGUAUUCAGGGGAGGCCACUCACAUCACCAUGCCGUCGGAUAGCAUUAUUUACCAAGGUGACGAGAAUGGAGAAGAGGUUGUGUAGGUGGUCAUUCCCGAGGACAAUUAGUUAUUCUGUCGUAGUGGAGAAUCAGUCAGUGCACGAAGCCUGGAUUGUUUAUUCAAAGUUAUCACAGAACUUGUUUUAAAGUUUACAAACUGUGAUACCCAUUAAUAACAGCUUGCAGGAUGAUUUCCAUUAUUUUCUAUAUGCAACUCUGCUUUUAAGAUUUGUGAGGUUGAUUUUUUAUGUUUUCAUUCAUUAAGAAUAUUGAUAUUGAAUAGUGACAUGAAACUUCUAUUACACCUGAUAGUGUGUAUGCUGUAUUUACUCUUGUAAAUAUCAUAGAUUAUGGUUGUUACAUGUGUAAGUGGGUCUUAAACAAAUAUAUAAGGCCAAUUCAACUUAAUUAGUAGAUUAUCAUCCAGGGUCAGCAAAAAGUAUGGGGCGGGUGGGAGGAUUUAAUUUUUCAAUUUUUAUUUUCUGAGAAAAAUAUUGAAGACAAAUGAGGUUGUUUUUUUCAACGGAUCCGCAUCAUUUAAUGCAAGAUGGAUAUCAAUCUAUGCUAUUUUCAUAGACUAAUUCCAGGUUCAGCUUUAAUCUAAGGAUAUAACAGAAAUAUACAUAACUUCAAGAUUUACGCCGGUAAGAACGCGAGAAAUUAAAAAAAAACAUAUCGAUCUAUUUUCUUCACGUGGGUUUUCACGUUGCUACACCGGAAAUGUAAACACAAGUGUAAAUACCAGAGUCGGACAUGAAAAUAAUCCGGAAAUCGCAAGUUUCGCGAAAUAAAAAAAUUCGGGGCAGGUGAAUUUUUGAGGUGCGGGCGGGGAUGAUAAUCUAUCAAUUAAGUUGAAUUGGCCUAAAGGCUUAACAAUCUCGUAAUUUAAAAAAAAUCUGAUUAUAAACUGCCAGUAUAGAUUGAAAAAAGAUAUUAAUAAAUAAGAUGAAUACAGUUUGGAAUUCCCUUAUUAUAAAAUACACAUUUACUAGUACGGUAUCGCAAGUAAUAAAUCUUUCGACUGUAAUUCAGUAUUUAUAAUUCUUGAUGUAAAUAGGCACAUGAGACUGAUCUAGAAGCUUAACAUUAAAACCUACAGUAAAAAAAGAACCAAUUUAAAUAUGUGUCGGGAUUAGAGGGGAUGGGGGAUAAAAAGCACAAAUGGGGGGGGGGGCUAAUGGGUAUUUGUGAUUAGUAGCAAUUAUAAAUUAUGAUUUUAAAUCAACUCAGGGAUGCAAAAUGUUAAAUAUUGUGUUUGCAAAGCAUGGGGAAGAAAUGGGACAGAGUUAACUUGUGUUCUAAAGUUUUAAACUAAUAGUUCACUAUGUGUACAUGGGAACACAUUCAUGUCUUUUUCAUGUUUAGUUUUAUUGAUGUUUGAAUCUGGAAUUUUCUGUUGAAAAUACAAACUUGUGCCGUGGUUAUUUCAAAUAGAUUCUAUGAAGCUAA